AUGUCAGCGCUUCGGUUCUGCGCCAACAUCAGCUGGCUGUUCACCGAACUUCCAGACUUCCCGCAGCGGAUGCGGGCGGCCGCCGCGGCCGGCUUCCGAGCAGUGGAGGCGGCUUGGCUCUACGACGCCGACCCGCAAGAGCUCCGGAGGGCCAAGGAAGACACCGGCCUGGAGGUCGUUCUCAUCAACACGCCGCCCGGUGACGUCACAGCCGGGGAACUCGGUUUGGCGGCGGUACCGGGAAGAGAAGAAGACUUUCAACGUGGACUGCAGCAGGCCAUCGAAUACGCGCGAAUACUUGAUUGCAAAAGGAUCCACUUGAUGGCCGGCCGCGUUCCGUCCAAUGGUGCGGCGCUCGGCGAGAUGGAGUCCGUGUUCGUGCGGAACCUAGGCCACGCCGCCGAACUGCUGGCCAAGGAAGGAAUGACCGGCCUGAUCGAACCCAUCAACACGCGGCUGACGGACCCUCGCUACUUUCUGUCGUCACCUCACCACGCGGCGGACAUCUUGAAGAAAGUGGCCAAGGAAAACAUCAAACUACAAAUGGAUGUUUUCCACUGGCAAAUUAUGGACGGAAACUUGACGCAAAAUAUGCAGCGAUAUUUGCCACUGCUUGGUCACGUUCAGGUGGCUCAAGUUCCCGACCGAAACGAACCUGACAGCGACGGCGAGGUCAACUACCGUUACGUCUUCUCCACGCUGGAGAGGCUGGGCUACCGCGGCUACGUCGGUUGCGAGUACAAGCCGCGAGGAAACACGCGAGAAGGUUUGGGCUGGCUUGAAGAUUACUGGACGCCAAGCAGCAAGUGA